AUGGACGAACCUAAAAAAACUACAUUCCACGACAGCCACAUCGACCCGAAAGCCGCCAUGCACGAAGACACCGCAGCCGCCGCCGAAACAAUCUUCAGCACUCCAAGAGAACCCUACUGCCAACCUGGCUUCCGCGGCCUCGGAGCAUCUUACUAUGUCGCCCUCUGCGCCCUCUUCUCGGCCCUGGGAGGUCUCCUCUUUGGGUAUGAUCAAGGUGUCGUGUCCGUCAUUCUGGUCGAGGAACAGUUUUUGGACCGAUUCACUCGCAUUGCCGAAGGGAGCGGUGAUGCUGGGUUCUGGAAGGGACUGCUCACCGCGAUGAUUGAACUCGGAGCACUCAUCGGUGCUUUGAACCAGGGCUGGAUUGCGGACAAGUACUCACGAAAGUAUUCGAUCGUGAUGGCAGUAAUUGUCUUCAUCAUCGGCUCUGCCCUGCAAACGGCUGCAAUGGACUACUCCAUGCUCGUCGUCGCGAGAUUCAUCGGUGGUCUUGGAAUCGGAAUGUUGAGUAUGGUUGCACCACUCUACAUUUCUGAAAUCUCACCGCCGGAGAUCAGAGGGUCUCUACUGGUGCUGGAGGAACUGUCGAUUGUUACGGGAAUCGUGAUUGCGUUUUGGAUCACGUAUGGGACGUACUACAUGGAUGGCGAAUGGGCCUGGAGACUUCCCUUCCUGCUGCAGAUCCUGCCGGGUCUGGUUUUGGGCGUGGGGAUUCUGUUUCUCCCGCUCAGUCCAAGAUGGCUUGCGAGUAAGGGGAGGGAUGAGGAGGCGUUGGUAAAUCUGGCGAAGCUGAGGCAGUUGCCGACCACGGAUCCAAGAGUGCAGAUGGAGUGGUUUGAUAUCAGGGCGGAGGUUGCUCUGCAUCAGGAGAUCAGUGCGGAGAGGCAUCCGCAUUUGCAGGAGAAGACGAGAGUGAACAGACUGAAGUUGGAGAUUGCGAGUUGGAUGGAUUGCUUCAGGAAGGGGUGCUGGAGGAGGACGCAUGUUGGAGCGGGACUUAUGUUCUUCCAGCAAUUUGUGGGCAUCAACGCAUUGAUCUACUACUCGCCGACACUCUUCGAGACCAUGGGACUGGACUAUAACAUGCGUCUGAUCAUGUCUGGGGUUCUCAACAUCACGCAGCUUGUCGGUGUCAGCUCCUCGCUCUGGACGAUGGAUCGAUUCGGGAGACGACCACUUCUACUGGCUGGAAGCGCGUUCAUGUUCAUCGCACAUCUGAUCAUCGCCUGCCUCGUAGGCAAGUUCUCCGACAACUGGCCAGCACACCGCCCCGAAGGAUGGGCCAGCGUCGCGAUGCUUCUAUUCUACAUGCUGGCUUUCGGAGCCUCUUGGGGCCCAGUCCCUUGGGCGGUGCCUAGUGAGGUGUUUCCCUCAUCGUUGAGAGCGAAGGGUGUAGCGCUCUCCACCUGCUCAAACUGGUUCAACAACUUCAUCAUCGGCCUGAUCACACCCCCUCUCAUUCAGCACACAGGCUUUGGCGCUUACGUCUUCUUCGCCGUCUUCUGUCUGCUCAGUCUAGUCUGGACGUUCUUCUUCGUGCCGGAGACGAACGGUAAGAGUCUGGAGGAUAUGGACCAUGUCUUCAAGGACAUCGACUCUACCGCCGAGGAGCAUAGGCGAGAGAGAAUCGAAAGAGAAAUCGUUGCCAGAAGCACGACAGUGUUCGCGGCUCCCGAAAAUAAGGCAUAG